AUCGCAUCUCUCUUCACACAUGGCGUAUACUACUCGGAGGCCAUGCGGUGACUGACCAAUUCGACUGCCCCGUGGGUGCCUACACACCGAAGACACAUCCGUCCGUGUGGAUGGACGGGCUCUUUGCCGAUGCAGUCGUGUAGAGCUAGAGCGACCGAGAGAAUGAAUCGCUCGAAACAGAAAUGCACACAUACCAUACCUCCCUCCCUCUCUACUUAAAACAUAGAUCAGGCAGAUAACUCCUGCAUUCGACCACCCAAAGCUGCACUGUCUGUCUGCACAAAGGCAGCCCGGAACACACACGCCAUACGUGAGUGCACCCACCAUCUCAUGCCAGCACAAAUAGAAACUUAAAGCAGCACUUCCUUCUCGCACUACACGCACCCAUCCACCUACACUCAUUCCCCCACUCUCCCUCUCUCUGACGUGACCGGCCGGCCGCCCGCUAUGCGGCCACCGCCUUCUGCCGGAUGAGUGCGGCUGUGCGAGGGUACCGCUCAUCUGGGCGGCUCUUCCAAGCCACAGGGGGCUCUGUUGAGCAGAUCUUCAUGCCGAAGUCGAUGCAAACAAGGAACCUAUCAGCCGCCUUGUCCCCACACAGAAUGAAGAUCCCCGCAUGGCGCAGCACAUUUGCCUCGUCGACCCAGUAGACCGCUUUGCGGCAGCCGUUCCACUUGCCCCGUGAGUGCAGUAUGAUGUCUUCCGUGAGCCGGUACUGGGUGGGAGGUGGAGUGAUGAGUUCACAUGGGUGGGUGAAGUGGGGGCGCAACCGGGGGUCCAUCCCGUUGUACGCACCGAGCAGGACGACGAUGAUAUCCGUGAACGAAGAGGCUGCGUACUUGCCACCUGCAGACAGACAGCAGACGCGAAACAAACGAUUCACACACUCAUUCAUCUCUCUCUCCGCCAUCCCUCUCAUGUGUGUUUGCUCUCCCGGCUGCUCACAUUUGGUCGGCGGGUCGGGAUCAGUCAAAUCGAUGCUGACGUACGUCAGCGCAUUGGUGUCUGCUGAGCCGCCCAGAUAGUCUCGGCCGUUGAGACAGAUGACACUCACACGCCGGUUGCUAACGACCGAGAGGCGGUGGCCAAAUAGCGAGUACUGACGGACCGCCUGUGGUCGCGAGCUGAACACCGCUCCGGCGCCCGCUUGCUGCAGGUCAUAUGCCGUGAUGACGAUGGGCAGAGAGGGAAGGACGUGGCUGCUGUUCUUGAGCAAGUGGAUGAGCGACACACAUCGGUUCCAACAGCCGCCCUCCUCGAUGACGUACAGCACCCGCAGCAGAUAGCCCACCCUGCCGUCGACUGGCACUAGCACAUGCAUCAGCUCACUCCAAAUUAGAAGGCAUACAAUGACCAAGCACACCGGCGACAAGGUGCAGAGCAGCCAUCCGAUGACCACGUCGAUGAGUAGUGCGCGGCCGCUCAGCUGGUCGAGAGAUAUCUUCUCGCCCAGCUGUACUGAGAACUCCUCGGUCGGGGACCAGAGCCAUGCGACGUAGCAGGCGGUGUAGAUCAAAGAGAUGCCAGCAGCGCCCCCCCACACUCGAGGCAUACCUUGGCGAUCGACAGUGCCACACGUAGCCCACUCCUGACUCGGUGCUCGAUCACGGACCACAGACGGUGGGGUAGGUCGUAGAACGCCACCCAAAACUGUCUGUACGCUCGCACAAUGAGGGACGCCUCCCCGAGCAAUCGAAUGACCACUGUGAUCACGGCAAACGGG